GGAGGCGGCGGAGGCGCAGGGGGGCAGCGCGGCCGCAGCGCGCAUCCCGCAUGGACCACGAGGCGGGCGAUGGGGCAGGUCCUGGGAUUCGCCCAUUGCAAAGAGUCUCCGUCUACCGCUUCCACCACACCUGACUCCACAGAUGGUGGCAACGAUGAAUCCGACUUCCCUGAACUGCAGACGGCGAGGGAGUUCUCAGAGGACGAGGAAGACGAGGAGGUGUCUCUGGAGUGGGGGACCCCCCGGGAGCUGACUUUUUCCUACAUCACCAUCGCAGGGCCCCUCAACAGCAGCCCGCCGCUGGGGGAGCACGCCCCCCGGGGCAGGCGCGACUCCCAGACCCGCCGGGCGCGGGGGCCCCUACCACGUACGGACACCUGCGAGACCUUUGUGCCAGCGCUGGGGGACAGUUUGGAGAAUAUCCCCAGCCUCUGCCCGUCCCCCGAGGGAGAGGGAGAGCCCCCUCCGGCCGACAGUCAAGGGCUGGACACUUUCUUGGGCUGGGAAGCCCAUGCAGGCUCCGUGGAGGAAGCAGACCAAGGGGAAGGAGAGGGGGCACAAGGGUCUCAGAGGCACAGCACUGUGGCGCAGGCACUGGAAGAGGGUCAGAGCAGCAGCAGCAGCAGAAGCAGCGAGUCGUCCUCAGACACUUCCCUGGAAGACCUCCCACCAUCCGACGCCUUAGCGCCCCACCCAGAAUCAGGCGCCCCCUGCGGUGCUGACACCCUCCAGCACCCAUCACUGACCUCAUCCGAGUUCUGCCAACACCCACUGUGGGACGAGGAGGUGGAGCAGAGGGAGGAGGAGGAGGAGCAGGAAGAAGACCUGGAGCCAAUCUCAGAGCAGCGUCAAGCAGAACCGGACCAAUCAGGGAACACUCUGGAAAAAUGCCCCGUAGUGGCAGACCUGGUGUACUGGCGUGACACCCGCAAGUCGGCGUUCGUCUUCACCGCCUUGAUGGUGGCCCUGCUGUGCCUGCUCCACUUCAGCAUCAUCAGCGUGGCCUCCUACCUCUCCCUGGCCGCCCUCAGCGUCACCAUCUCUCUCAGGGUUUACAGCAAAAUACUACUCGCCAUCCACCGGGGGGAGGGACACAACCCUUUCCAGGCCCAGCUGGAUGCUGACUUGGGGCUGUCAAAGGAGCAGCUGGAGCGCCUCACAGAGCGGGUCACCUUCUACGUCACCUCAGGCACAAAGUCCCUCCAGCGCCUCUUCCUGGUGGAUGACUUGGUGGAGUCCAUUAAGUUUGCUUUCCUGUUCUACAUCCUCACCUACGUGGGAGCCGUCUUCAAUGGGCUGACUUUGCUGAUACUGGGUGUGAUAAGUGCAUUUACCUUCCCUCUGCUGUACAGGCAACAUCAGGCACAGAUUGACCAGUACGUGGGGCUGGUGAGGAAUCAGUUGAGUAACCUCAGAGCAAAGGUGCUGUCUAAGCUGCCGACAGCCAAAGCGAAAGCCGAAUGAAUGACUCCCCCUCUUUCCUGCUCUGACUCCCUUACACACAGAGAGAUAUACGUAUAUACACCCACACAUGCCUCCUCCUCCUCCUGCCCCUUUCCUUCCCUCCAGCUGCCCACCCACCUCUCCCCAAAGAGACCCUCCUCCUGCCCUUUCACACACACACCCCAUGGCCUGGACACAACAGAAAGCCGCUUGCCUUUUCCAGUCAACCCCCCUGGGCUAACUGCAUGCCGGAGACGUCCGUUCUCCCAGCGUAGUACUCUGGGUGGCUGCCAUCCUUGAGCAGAGUUGGCACAGCUUGGAGGCGGGCACCCUCCCCAGCACCCUUCCCGGCAGUCCCGAGGGGCUUCGGUGCCAGGAACCUGUGGCUGUUUGGGGGGUAGGCUAAGGCCACCUUUCUUUCCCUAAUACCACCCUCCCCGGUCUCCCUCCCUGCCUGCUGUAUUUAUUUCUUAAGGGAAAGUUGACACGACCCGCCAGCCUUGGAGUAGCACCUUCUUUCUCCAGGAGGGAGGCUCCGUCUUAAACAGGUGCCCAAAGCUGGCCAGAGCACACAAUCGACCUCCAUGCACCUUUUAUUUUCCUUUCUCCCGGGAUGCUCCACUUUCUGCCACACCAUCCCGGCCAACGAUGCGGCUGUGGGGUUGGCGCGAGCCGGUUCUCAACCUUUGCCUGGAUUUACACUUUAAUAAAAAUGUUUGUUGGGAAAAAAA